AUGCCCAACCGGUUUAUUUCUGCUGAUCUGUCCCAUAAACCAAUUGAGGUUACAAUUUUUUAUCAGAAUUGUAGAGGCCUCAACACUAAGUUAUCACCAUUUUUCAGAUCAGCAUGUGAAUAUACGUAUGAUAUAGUCUGUAUAACUGAGACAUGGCUUGGUGACUCGGUUUUUGAUGGUGAAUUGUUUCCUCCAGGAUAUAAAGUAGUGAGAUGUGAUAGACAGUUUGGUAGGGUUGAUAGAUCUCGUGGUGGUGGAGUCCUGCUGGCCGCUUCUGGCAGUACAUCUUUCAGUAUUAUAGAUGGAGCAUUUUUAACCGAUCGUGUCCCGUUGAUAGAUGUGGUUUUGUGUCGUUUUACUGAGCCCUGUCCUUUUAUUGCCUGUGUAGUUUACAUUCCGCCUGAUAUUUCUGCUUUUCCUCUGGAAACUUUUACAACUGCAUUGGAGUUGAGUUUCCCUGGGGAGACUAUGUUCCUUGUUGGUGACUUCAAUUGCCCUGACUUUGUUGAUUCUAAUUGUGGUCCCAAAUCAAUUCUUUUGCGGAAUCUAUGCGAUCUCCUGGAUCUGCGGCAGUGCAGCUCAGUUCGGAAUGAGGAUCUCAGGCUGCUAGACUUGGUUCUAGCGAGCAAGAACUUUGAGGUGUCAGUCAUCCGUUCUGACUCGCCUUUUGUUCCUGAGGACCCCUACCAUCCUGCUUUGAGUAUGGUCCUUACUGUGGAGUCUUCCAGGCGUCGAGUGAAUUUUCCGAGGAAGGAUAAUUCAUUCUAUAACUUUAAAAGAGCUGAUUACUCUUCUUUGUCUACGGCAAUCAACUCCGUUAAUUGGGAUAUUAUAGCAGAAUUCGAUAAUGUCGAUGAAGCUUUGGAUUUCUUCUACAGAAAACUUUUUGAGAUUCUGGAUGACCUUGUUCCUAAAAAGACUAACUCUUUGGCAGAGCCUAGCUUCCCUGUUUGGUUCACAGGAAAAUUAAAGCAUAUCAUUGGCCUAAAGAAUUAUUACAGAGUGAAGUGGCGUAAUACUGGUGUAGAAAAAUAUUCUGUUGAGUUCAAACGAUUGAGAGCGUUGGUCAAGUCUGAAAUUGAUUUGGAGUACAACAAGUAUCUGUCUGAAGUGCAGAGCCAAAUAAGAUCAAAUCCAUCUUCACUCUGGAAAUAUUUAGCUCGAAGAAAGGGUUACACUAAAGUACCUGGAGUCUUUCAUUCUGAUGAACGUCUUUAUGACGAUCCCAGAGAAAUUGUUGAUUUGUUUGGAGCUCAUUUUUCUGUGGUUAAUGGCCUGAAUGCGCAUGGGGUUCAUAAUACUGAUGAUUCAACUAACCUUCCACCAGUUUUCAUCCCAUCAGUGUCAGAGGAUGAGAUAAAGUCCAUAAUGGAGAAGUUUCCUGAUUGA